AAGUUUUUUAGAGAAGAAAAAAAGUAAGAAAAAACCAAACAUGUCACCCAAUCCCCAUUCACCAUUACCCCAGGCAACUAUGUCAUCUGGUGAUUUUGGCAAUCCCUUGCGUAAAUUCAAAUUGGUAUUCCUGGGGGAGCAGAGCGUCGGUAAGACCUCGCUAAUUACACGUUUCAUGUACGAUUCGUUUGACAACACCUAUCAGGCUACCAUUGGUAUUGAUUUUCUCUCGAAAACCAUGUACUUAGAGGAUCGUACUGUGCGCUUGCAAUUGUGGGAUACGGCAGGUCAGGAACGUUUUCGUUCGCUGAUACCCUCCUACAUACGGGAUUCGACAGUGGCUGUGGUGGUGUAUGACAUUACCAAUACCAAUUCAUUUUAUCAAACUUCCAAGUGGAUCGAUGAUGUACGCACCGAAAGGGGUAGUGAUGUCAUAAUAAUGUUGGUUGGAAAUAAAACAGAUUUGGCUGAUAAACGUUUGGUCUCCACCGAGGAGGGUGAACGCAAGGCCAAGGAGCUGAAUGUAAUGUUUAUUGAGACAAGUGCCAAGUCGGGUUAUAAUGUUAAGUUGUUGUUCCGACGUGUGGCUGCUGCAUUGCCGGGCAUGGAUUCGGCUGCAGACAACAAGCCAUCGGAUGCUAUGCAGGAUAUACAAUUGGGACAGCAAAAUGAACAAAAGGAUCCAGAGGGUGGUUGUGCCUGUUAAGCAAAUGG